AUGGCUGUCCGACCAGAUGAUCCCAAAUUUGAAGAAACUCUGUUACGAUGGAAUGAAGAACUCGACAAUGAACCUGAUUCAGAUAAUGACGGCACUGACUAUGACGACCAUGUUUCAACUCAGUCAGACAGGGAGAGCACCUAUUCAACGGAUGAUAGUGAAGUAGAGUGUGAGACAGAACAACAACUUCCUGGCAAAGUAAUAAAAGGAAAAAAUGGACAUAUUUGGAGCACUGAGCUUCUCGAACACCUAAGCGAAACAUUGUUUCAUGUAUUCCAAGACCAAAAGGUGCGGCCAAAAAUAUUUCAACGGAAUUAG